UUUACUGGAAAAGUCAGCUGGAGUGCCAAGAGUCCCUAGCAACACCCUGCGGCUUUUGAAAUCAGAGUGGGAGAGACUGUGUGGUCAGCUGUUAGUGGAGGAAAGCUUCUAUGCCUCAGGAAGAGCAGUCACCUGGGAUGGACACUCGACCAGGUGAAGAACCCUUAGAUAAGCAAAAUGAAAAACAGAAAAAGGAGGAAGAGGGGAUGGAGUUUAAGGAACUGGAAGGGCUGAGGGAAGCCUUGGCAAACCUGAGGGGGCUGUCGGAGGAGGAGAAGGGUGAGAAGGCAAUGCUUUGCUCCCGUAUCCAAGAGCAGUCCCAGCUCAUCUGCAUUCUGAAGCGGAGGGCCGAUGAGGCCCUGGAACGCUGCCAGAUCCUGGAACUGCUUAAUUCAGAGCUGGAGGAGAAGAGGAUGCAGGAGGCACAAAAGUUGAAAGCCCAAAGUGAGCAUGCCCUGAAACUGGAGGACCGUUUCAGGACCUUGGCAGCCAAUCACGAGUUGAUGAUCCGCUUUAAGGAUGAAUACAAGAGUCAGAACAUCAAGCUGAAGGAAGACAAUGAGAAGCUGAAACUGGAGAACAGCAAUCUCUUCAGCCAGGCUCUGAAGGACAAGGAGGCCAAAGUAUUGCAGCUGACCACUAAGAGCGAGGCUCUCACCAAGGAGCUGGAGGCUCUGAAAGAGAAGUGUGCUCAGGAUGCCUGCCAGGCACAGGCCCGAGAAAAGGAGCUGUUGGAGCUACAGAGCCAGCAGGACUGCGCCCACAACAAGGAGACAGAGCAGCUGCGCAGCCAGCUGCAGAGCCUCCAGCAGCAGUACCAACAGGCCAUUGAACAGAUGGCAGAGGCCCAGGAGACACACAGCAGCCUGAGUCAGGAGCUGCAGGACAGGCUGCAGACCAUCACUCAAGAGAAAGAGGAGCUUCUGCAGCUGUCCAUGGAGAGGGGCAAGGUGCUUCAGAACAAACAGGCAGAGAUCCGGCAGCUUGAGGAGAAGUUGGAGGCAGCAGAUAUGGCUAGGAGGCAUGCGCUAGAGCGCUUUGAGCAAGAGGCAGUGGCUGUAGACAGCAACUUGAGAGUCCGGGAACUUCAGCGAAGAAUGGAUGGGAUCCAAAAGGCCUAUGAUGAACUCAAGCUGCAGUCAGAAGCCUUCAAAAAGCACAGCCUGGAUCUUUUAAGCAAGGAGAGAGAACUCAAUGCCAAACUCCGCCAUCUCUUCCCAUAAGGAAGCUUCUGCUGCUUCUUGUCUUCGAUUAAUAAUUUAAAUAUCUGUGCCUUAAUAUUAUGGCAAGAGCAAAGAUGAUACUCCAUUUAUUAUACUUUCAAGCACAAAAGGCAAUUUAAAGAAAACCCGCUUGACUAUAACAUUGCUGUUGUUACUACUGUAAAGCUAACACUAAUUUUCAGUUCUACCAUCUAGAAUACACAAGACUUACAGAGUUCCUUCUGUGCCCUUGAAGUCUUCCUAAAUUUGCCAUCAGUAAUUCCCCCAUUGCAUAACUUAUUCAUUCUUAAUCUCAGAUAUCUUUAUAUAUCCUGAGAUUCCAAAUUAGCAGCUCCUAUGAUUCAAGUGUAUCUAAAAUGUACAAUAAGAUGUGCACAGUAACUGUAGAUGGGUAGGCUUAUUGUCUCACAUAGUUAAGAUUGCAAGCAAACAUAUUAGCAUAAUAGCAUGAGUACAUUGCAGAGAAAAAAGCUAUUUAUUUUGCAUUAGCUCAGCAAACAAAAAUUUAGAAAAGUAAUUUAGGCCACCUUUAUUAUAGUCAUUCUAUAUGAGCAAUAAGAUUCAAAUGAGUUAAAUCAAUUUUAUUUUUCUUAAAGCUUGGAUAUCAUCCCAUUUUCUUAGUUUUCUCCUUAAUAAAAACAGGAUUUGGAUGUGCAAUAAUGCAAA